AUGUCGAAAGAUAUUGCUUCCAUGAGAGAAAUACAACACAACCGACAACUCAUUAUGCAAGCUCUAAAUAAGAACACAACAAACUUUUCAAACUAUUCUAAGAUAUCUGAGUCAUUGAAAGAAGGAAACUUAAAACUGACAUUAAACCCAAUGACAGAUGAGUUUCUAUUUCAAGACAAUAAGAACCAUACUGUCUGUAUAAAUCCAACAAAAGGAACUUUAAACGAGAAACCUAUAAAUGAACUUCUUUUGAAAGCAGAUGUUGACAACAAAGCUGACAAAGAAUAUGUAGACGAUGCAAUAGCAAAAGAAGAAGAAAGAGCUAACAAUGCUUAUGCAACAAAAGAACAUACUCAUCCUGAACUAGCAGACAAAACAUAUGUUGACAAUAAAAUGUCAAGUGAAGUGACAAGAGCUGAAAACGAAUAUUCUAAAAAGACUCAUAUACAUUCUAUAUCUGAAAUAACAGACUUAAACGUUAGCCUUGAAAAGAAAGCGGAUGAGGAAUAUGUGGCUAGUAAGUUAGAGAAGAAAGCAGAUAAGGAAUAUGUGGAUGAAAAAGAUAAUGAAAUUAUAGAAAGGGCUGA